ACUGCGCAAGCGCAGCACGCAAGAGUGGGGCAUUCUGAGGCUGCUGGCUGCAGGCACUCAGAAGCGUGGGGAGUUGCGGCCUGCGUUCGCUUGGCUCCAGCGGCUCACUACCCGAGGCAGCGAGGCGCAGCGAGUAAAGUCUCCCCGCACCCUGGGCAGUGUGGCCAUGGAGAAUCAGGUGCUGACACCGCACGUCUACUGGGCUCAGCGACAUCGCGAGCUAUAUCUGCGCGUGGAGCUGAGUGAUGUGCAGAAUCCUGCCAUCAGCAUCACUGAAAAUGUGCUGCAUUUCAAAGCUCAGGGACACGGUGCCAAAGGAGACAAUGUCUAUGAAUUUCACCUUGAGUUCUUAGACCUUGUGAAGCCAGAGCCGGUUUAUAAACUGACCCAGAGGCAGAUAAACAUUACUGUACAGAAGAAGGUGAGUCAGUGGUGGGAGAGACUCACCAAGCAGGAGAAGCGCCCACUGUUUUUGGCUCCUGACUUUGAUCGCUGGCUGGACGAGUCUGAUGCGGAAAUGGAGCUCAGAGCCAAGGAAGAAGAACGCCUAAAUAAACUCAGACUUGAAAGCCAAGGCUCCCCUGAAACUCUUAUAAGCUUGAAGAAAGGAUACCUGUUCAUGUAUAAUCUUGUGCAGUUCUUGGGAUUCUCCUGGAUGUUUGUCAACAUGACUGUGCGGUUCUUUAUCUUGGGAAAAGAGUCCUUCUAUGACACAUUCCACACCAUGGCUGACAUGAUGUAUUUCUGCCAGAUGCUGGCAGUUGUGGAAACUAUCAAUGCAGCAAUUGGAGUUACUUCGUCACCAGUGGUACCUUGUCUUAUCCAGCUUUUUGGAAGAAAUUUCAUUUUGUUUAUCAUCUUUGGCACCAUGGAAGAAAUGCAAAAUAAAGCUGUGGUUUUCUUUGUGUUUUAUCUGUGGAGCACAAUUGAAAUUUUCAGGUACCCCUUCUACAUGCUUUACUGCAUUGACAUGGAUUGGAAGGUGCUCACAUGGCUUCGUUACACUCUGUGGAUUCCUGUUUAUCCUCUAGGGUGUUUGGCAGAAGCUGUUGCAGUGAUCCAGUCCAUUCCAAUAUUCAAUGAAACAGGAAGAUUCAGUUUCACAUUGCCAUAUCCAGUGAAAAUCAAAGUUAGAUUUUCCUUUUUUCUUCAGAUUUAUCUUAUAGUGAUAUUUUUAGGGUUAUACAUAAAUUUCCGUCACCUUUAUAAGCAGCGCAGGCGGCGCUAUGGACAAAAAAAGAAAAAGAUCCACUAAAAAGAGAGAUUUAGAUGACUUCUUGCCGGUUUGAGCCUAAUCUAUAAUUCUUAACAGUUUUACUUUCUUAUACUGAUGUAAACGUUUUUUUUUAAAGUUAAAUGAUUAAAUUCUCAGUGAGGUUAUCUUCUCUUUUCCCCAGUAACAUCCCUGAAUUUAUUAUAUUAGUGUAGUAUUUGCAUGACAUGGAUUCCUGGUAUCUGAUGACAGGUUCAUUCUUUUGUGUUCUGUUAGUGACAGCAGACUCAGCCCUGCCCGCCCCUCCCCCCCCUCCAUGUCCUGUCAUUCUCUUUCACAGGCCAGAGAGAUUUCUUCAGUGCCCUGACCCUACCAGGUACUGGCUGUUCUUUCUUACAGCUUGGAUUUGUUCUUUUCAGCUAUUACUUGUGAAAAAAAUGACUAUUUUGCUCUACAAGAGGCUAUGAAAGUGAUUUCAGGCAGGACCUAAUAUAUUCUGUACCUAAGGGGUUACUUGUUAAGUGGGGUGGCAUUGAUUUUUCAAAAAUCAAGUUCAACUUAGUCAUUGAUAAAACAUUUCUGAGUCUGAGUGGGGCUAGAGAACGCAUAUUACCUCUGAAUCUUUCGGCCUAACACUGUGUUACUAUGGUGCUUACCUGUGUGGGCACAGAAUGAUUUGAGAGAAACCAGUCAGAACCUUGGAACACCAUGAUCACUUUACUCCUAGCUAAAUCAGAACUAUUUUCAACACUAAAGAAAAAUGAAACAUUAGUUGGAAUAUAAUGAGAUUAUAAGAAUUCCAAACCCAAAUGGCUAUAAGGGUCAGAAAGGUCAAACUGGCCAUAAGACAACUGCUAGUGAUGUAGCUGUAGCAAACUGGAAACAUUAGGCCAUACUAAGCACACCUACAAAAUAUAGGCUGUGCACAAACUUAAAAACUCAAUUUUCCUUCCCCUGCACUGGCUGAGUACAUUUACUUGUAUCUGUCAGAGUAAGUGGUGGGAUUGUCUGUUUUUGACAAGACCUCAAAAACACCUUUGAUCCUGCUGUUUCACCUGUCUGCAGUAGGACAGUGAAUAGAGUGAGAACUUUGGCUGGAGAACUACCAGCUGGUUCUUUAACAAAGAUUCCCGGCAGGAAACCCACUAACAGACACUAUGACAUUAUGAAGACAAAUCUGGACAUUAUGAAGUUUGGCCAUUGUCAAAACGUUUCCUUUACUACAUUCCAGGUAAACCAAGUAAAUGUGUUAGAAGUAAUGCUUAUAUAAAAGAUUUUAAGGCACGGUAGCUCUUUCUAUUCUGCCAUUUCCACGGUUCCUGUGGUAAAGGGGACUAAAUGAGUUACGCUGUUUCUCUGAUCCCAAGAUGGAAACUUGGUUUGACCUAAAAACAUCUGAUUAGCAUAGGCUGGCUGAUUUUUUUUACAAGUCCAUUGCACUGAAGGAUGUUUUGCAUGUCUGUAACUUCUGUCAUCACUUCUUUGUAUUAACUUCUGAUGUUCUUUCAACUGAUUUUCUGUGUGUAAUUGGGCAGAUCAGCUUUGCAGUAGAUUAUGUUGCAUCUGUGGCAGAAUCUUGUAUUCUUUUGGGCCCCUUUGUUGCUGUCUGAGAAAGCAAAAGAUUGUGUAUUUCUAUUAAACAUUUGCAGUCAAAAUCCUAA